AGCACGUGAUGAAUUCCGAUUUAGAUCGACCACAAGAGCUGAAAAGGUGCCGCUUCCCACCAACAAGACUUAAGACUCUAGAAGAUAGACACUCCGGCAACACGCGUAGGGAUGAACCCAUUCAGAGCCGCAUCUCGGACAGAUGCACAGUGGCUGUUUGUGGGCUUUGCCUCGGCAUUCCUCGAUGUUGAGUCAGACGGUGCCAAUUUAUCGCAAUCUCGAGCCUGCAACGCAGGUUUUAGGCCUGGAUGCAAAGCCUUUUACACAUCAAAUGAAGACGGUGAAAAUGGCUCUCAAAAUCACAAGGGGUUAGCCGAGGCAGACCUUGAUGAGGCGGCGUUGGACCUAAAGAGCCAGAUUCUCGUGUUUCAGUACAAAGGAAAAUUCCACGCCAUAGACCAUCAAUGCCCCCAUUCAUCAUUUCCUCUUUCACGGGGCACAGUUUUUGAUAUCGAGGACUUUGGCGUUGUUCUUAGCGUUGGGGUUACUUGUCCGAAACAUGACUGGUCUUUUGACUUAUUUACUGGAACAGGCGAUCGCGGGAAUUACAAGCUCAAAAUAUGGGAAGUGCAGUUGCGUGGUGUAGAUGGUUCGGAUAAAGAAGUUUGGGUGAGGAAAAAGCAGAGAAUGGGAUAAACAGCUUCAUUUUAGCUUUGUAAUUGAGCGAUUAAUUGUAUAAUUUGUACGAUUUUGCGGGCAGCGCAUAGCAACUAUGGCUCAGGGAAAAGCGAGAGUAACGGAGAAGGUAGGGAUAGGUAAUAGCGAUCGUAGCUGCGAGGAAAAGCCACAGCCGUAGGGGAAAGCGAGAGCAACGGAGACGGCAGGGACGAGUAACAGCGACCUGGGAAAAGCGACAGCAUCCGUGGAUGCGGGGGAAAGCUAGAGUAACGGG